CCAACCAACCAUGAAAGGGAAACAAGAAAACACGCCAACUAACUAACAUGGCUUCAAGCAGCUCAGGCAGCAAUGAAAGCCACUCCAAAAUCAAAACGGUCGUCGUUUUGGUCCAAGAAAACCGCUCCUUCGACCACAUGCUAGGAUGGAUGAAGUCUCUAAACCCGGAGAUCGACGGCGUAACCGGUUCCGAAUCGAAUCCGGUUUCCACCACCGAUCCAAACUCAAACCGGAUUCAAUUCGGAGACCGGUCCGUCUACGUGGACCCGGACCCAGGCCACUCCAUCCAAGACAUCUACGAGCAAAUCUUCGGGGAGCCCUGGAGCGAGUCGUCGGCGGCAAAAAACUUGCCGCCGACAAUGCAGGGGUUCGUCCAGAACGCAGGGCGGCAAGAGGCGGCAAAGGACAAGAAGCUGGGGCCGAUGACGGAGACAGUUAUGAAUGGGUUUAGAGCAGAGCGGGUUCCAGUGUACGCAGAGUUAGUUAAGGAGUUUGCAGUAUGUGACCGUUGGUUUGCGCCGGUUCCCGCGUCGACGCAACCGAACAGGCUGUACGUGCACUCUGCGACGUCGCAUGGUUUGACGAGUAACGACACUGGGAAGCUGGUUGGAGGGCUGCCGCAGAAGACGAUAUUUGAUUCGUUGGAUGAGAAUGGAUUCAGUUUUGGGAUUUAUUAUCAGUUGCCGCCAGCAACACUUUUCUACAGGAAUCUUAGGAAACUGAAGUACAUAGAUAACUUUCACCCAUUUGACUUAUCAUUCAAGAAGCACUGCGAAGAAGGGAAGCUACCAAACUACGUAGUGAUUGAGCAAAGAUUCUUCGAUCUGUUAUCCAUUCCAGGGAAUGAUGAUCAUCCAUCCCAUGAUGUGGGAGAGGGGCAGAAAUUCGUUAAGGAAGUGUACGAAGCACUGAGGAGUAGCCCUCAGUGGAAUGAGAUUCUGUUUGUGAUCAUAUACGAUGAACAUGGAGGUUUCUAUGAUCAUGUUCCAACUCCUGUUGAAGGAGUUCCUAGCCCGGACGACAUUGUUGGUCCUGAUCCAUUUAAGUUCAAGUUUGAUAGGCUUGGUGUUAGGGUUCCUGCCAUCAUUAUCUCUCCAUGGAUUGAGCCUGGCAAAGUGCUGCACAAACCUUCAGGACCAUUCCCAACAUCACAAUACGAGCAUUCAUCAAUACCAGCCACUGUAAAGAAAAUAUUCAAUCUGCCUGAGUUCCUCACAAAGCGUGAUGCAUGGGCUGGAACAUUUGAGGGUCUCUUAACUCUAACAACCCCACGAACAGAUUGUCCAGAGACAUUGCCAGAACCUGUGAAAUUGAGAGACAUUGGAGCUCAAGAACAAGCCAAGCUAAGCGAUCUUCAGGUAGAAUUAGUACAAAUGGCAGCAACUCUAAAUGGAGACCACAAAAAGAGCAUAUACCCCAACAAGUUAGUUGAGAAUAUGACUGUUUCAGAUGCAGUUAAAUACAUUGAGGAUGCAUUCAGUACCUUCUUGGAUGAGUGCAACAAAGCAAAGCAAAGUGGAGUGGAUGGAUCUCAAAUUGUUGAUUGUGCUGAUAAGAAUAAAUCAACACCAAAUUCCAAGAACUUUUUUCACAAGUUGUUGAGUUGUAUAGUUUGUGAUCGAUAGUUCAAAAUUAACAUCUUAAACAUGUAAUAUUAUUUCUACUCGGAUCCCAUUCAUGCAGUUAUUUAUGUGUACAACAAUAAAAUUGGCUUUGGCAGCGCAAUGUGUUGAAUAAUAAAUUUGUUGUA